AAAUUGAUUUUGCGGAGCUAACCUUGGAAGAGAUUAUUGGCAUCGGGGGCUUUGGCAAGGUCUAUCGUGCUUUCUGGAUAGGGGAUGAGGUUGCUGUGAAAGCAGCUCGCCAUGACCCCGAUGAGGACAUCAGCCAGACUAUAGAGAAUGUUCGCCAAGAGGCCAAACUCUUCACCAUGCUGAAGCACCCCAACAUCAUUGCCCUAAGAGGGGUAUGUCUGAAGGAGCCCAACCUCUGCUUGGUCAUGGAGUUUGCUCGUGGAGGACCUUUGAAUAGAGUGUUAUCUGGGAAAAGGAUUCCCCCAGACAUCCUGGUGAACUGGGCUGUGCAGAUUGCCAGAGGGAUGAACUACUUACAUGAUGAGGCAAUUGUCCCCAUCAUCCACCGCGACCUUAAGUCCAGCAACAUAUUGAUCCUCCAGAAGGUGGAGAAUGGAGACCUGAGCAACAAGAUUCUGAAGAUCACUGAUUUUGGCCUGGCUCGGGAAUGGCACCGAACCACCAAGAUGAGUGCAGCAGGGACGUAUGCUUGGAUGGCACCUGAAGUCAUCCGGGCCUCCAUGUUUUCCAAAGGCAGUGACGUGUGGAGCUACGGGGUGCUACUUUGGGAGUUACUGACUGGUGAGGUGCCCUUUCGAGGCAUUGAUGGCUUAGCGGUCGCUUAUGGAGUGGCCAUGAACAAACUCGCCCUUCCUAUUCCUUCCACAUGCCCAGAGCCUUUUGCCAAACUCAUGGAAGACUGCUGGAAUCCUGAUCCCCACUCACGACCAUCUUUCACGAAUAUCCUGGACCAGCUGACCACCAUAGAGGAGUCUGGUUUCUUUGAAAUGCCCAAGGACUCCUUCCACUGCCUGCAGGAUGACUGGAAACAUGAGAUUCAGGAGAUGUUUGACCAACUCAGGGCCAAAGAGAAGGAACUUCGCACAUGGGAGGAGGAGCUGACACGGGCUGCGCUGCAGCAGAAGAACCAGGAGGAACUGCUGCGGCGUCGGGAGCAGGAGCUGGCGGAGCGGGAGAUUGACAUCCUGGAACGGGAGCUCAACAUCAUCAUCCACCAGCUGUGCCAGGAGAAGCCCCGAGUGAAGAAACGCAAGGGCAAGUUCAGGAAGAGCCGGCUGAAGCUCAAGGAUGGCAACCGCAUCAGCCUCCCUUCCGAUUUCCAGCACAAGUUCACGGUGCAGGCCUCCCCCACCAUGGAUAAAAGGAAGAGUCUUAUCAACAGCCGCUCAAGUCCUCCUGCAAGCCCCACCAUCAUUCCUCGUCUUCGAGCCAUCCAGUUGACACCAGGUGAAAGCAGCAAAACUUGGGGCAGGAGCUCAGUCGUCCCAAAGGAGGAAGGGGAGGAGGAGGAGAAGAGGGCCCCAAAGAAGAAGGGGCGGACGUGGGGGCCAGGGACGCUUGGUCAGAAGGAGCUUGCCUCGGGAGAUGAAGGAUCCCCUCAGAGACGUGAGAAAGCUAAUGGUUUAAGUACCCCGUCAGAAUCUCCACAUUUCCACUUGGGCCUCAGGUCCCUGGUAGAUGGAUAUAAGCAGUGGUCGUCCAGUGCCCCCAACCUGGUGAAGGGCCCGAGGAGUAGCCCGGCCCUGCCAGGGUUCACCAGCCUUAUGGAGAUGGCCUUGCUGGCAGCCAAUUGGGUGGUGCCCACCGACAUUGAAGAAGAUGAGGACAGUGAAGGCCCAGGGAGUGGAGAGAGUCGCCUACAGCAUUCACCCAGCCAGUCCUACCUCUGUAUCCCAUUCCCUCGUGGAGAGGAUGGGGAUGGCCCCUCCAGUGAUGGAAUCCAUGAGGAGCCCACCCCAGUCAACUCAGCCACCAGUACCCCUCAGCUGACGCCAACCAACAGCCUCAAGCGGGGCAGUGCUCACCACCGCCGAUGCGAGGUGGCUCUACUCGGCUGUGGGGCUGUUCUGGCAGCCACAGGCCUAGGGUUUGACUUGCUGGAAGCUGGCAAGUGCCAGCUGCUUCCCCUGGAGGAGCCUGAGCCACCAGCUCGGGAGGAGAAGAAAAGACGGGAGGGUCUUUUUCAGAGGUCCAGCCGUCCUCGUCGGAGCACCAGCCCCCCAUCCCGAAAGCUCUUCAAGAAGGAAGAGCCCAUGCUGUUGCUAGGAGACCCCGCUGCCUCCCUGACACUGCUCUCCCUCUCCUCCAUCUCCGAGUGCAACUCCACACGCUCCCUGCUGCGCUCUGACAGCGAUGAAAUUGUCGUGUAUGAGAUGCCAGUCAGCCCAGUUGAGGCCCCUCCCCUGACCCCUUGUACCCACAACCCCCUGGUCAAUGUCCGAGUGGAGCGCUUCAAACGGGAUCCUAACCAAUCUCUGACUCCCACCCACGUCACCCUCACCGCCCCCUCGCAGCCCAGCAGUCACCGGCGGACUCCUUCUGAUGGGGCCCUUAAGCCAGAGACUCUCCUAGCCAGCAGGAGCCCCUCCAGCAAUGGGUUGAGCCCCAGUCCUGGAGCAGGAAUGUUGAAAACCCCCAGUCCCAGCCGAGACCCAGGUGAAUUCCCCCGUCUCCCUGACCCCAAUGUGGUCUUCCCCCCAACCCCAAGGCGCUGGAACACUCAGCAGGACUCUACCUUGGAGAGACCCAAGACCCUGGAGUUUCUGCCUCGGCCGCGUCCUUCUGCCAACCGGCAGCGACUGGACCCUUGGUGGUUUGUGUCCCCCAGCCAUGCCCGCAGCACCUCCCCAGCCAACAGCUCUAGCACAGAGACGCCCAGCAACCUGGACUCCUGCUUCGCUAGCAGUAGCAGCACUGUAGAGGAGCGGCCUGGACUUCCAGCCCUGCUCCCCUUCCAGGCGGGGCCACUGCCCCCCACCGAGCGGACGCUCCUGGACCUGGACGCAGAGGGGCAGAGUCAGGACAGCACCGUGCCGCUGUGCAGAGCAGAACUGAACACGCACAGGCCUGCCCCUUAUGAGAUCCAGCAGGAGUUCUGGUCUUAGCAUGAAAAGGAUUGGGGCGGGCAAGGGGGACAGCUGGCGGAGAUGAGGGGAGCCAGGGGGCACAGCCCUUUCUCAGGGUUGGACCCCCUGAGAUCCAGCCCUACUUCUUGCACUGAUAAUGCACUUUGAAGAUGGAAGGGAUGGAAACAGGGCCACUUCAGAGGGUCUCCUGCCCUGCAGGGCCUUUCUACCCAUGUCCACUGGAAGGGCUGUGGCCAUCAGCUCUGGCUGUAUAGGGGAGGGAGGGGUGCAUGCAUGUCCCCCACCCUCCACAGUCUUCCUUGCCUUUAGAGUGACCCUGCAGAGUCACUCAGCCAAAUCUGUCUGCUGCUCCCUCUCCUCAGCCAAUUGGGUGUGUGUAGAGCUGUCCUGGGGUCCCUUUGUCAGCCCCGAGUUCAGCUUCCCAAACACCAGUAUUGGAUAUUCUGUGGUUGAUUUUGCUCCUCCUCCACUGUACCCCAACACCCAGGAAUGGGAAUCUGGCUUGGUUCGAGAUAGGAGCUUUUCUGUGUCCUAAGCCCUUUCAUGCUAGCAGGAAGACUGAAAGCAAGGUGGCCCAGUGUGGGGUCAUAGGGCUUGAUAGACCUGGCACUACCUAUCUGCACUUCCAGGUGCCCCACCUAUUUAUUUGAGCCCACAGGUGGAAAGGGGAACUGCCUCAGUGAGAACAGGGGGACGGGGGUGUUAGGGAAAAUAUAGUAAAGUUGCAGUGAAGAGAUUCAUGAAGUAUGUCCUUGUUCUUUUUGGAUACUCUCAGCAAAGGGCAAACCAGCAACUGUUGAGGGUACCCAUCUAGCUACUUGGGGUCAGGACCUCAUCAGACCAGGUUCGGAUACAUCAUAUGCUCAUCCCAGGAAUAGUUUCUUGGGGGACUCACUCACUGGUGCCAGUUCUAAGUCAGAAACAAAAUUCCACUGUCUGUUCCUUUUGUUGUCUGAACUUUAUGUGUUACUCCCUUCGUUUGGUCUUCACUCUAAUCCCUGGAGUUUGUGGGCUUUCGGUUAUGUUUAGUUAGUAGAUAUCACCGCAAUGCCCUAGAACAGCAUAUGAAGUAGAAUACCAUAUGGCCACCUAAACACUGGGACUUGGGAAUUCACUCUCAACUGGGCCAUCCGUGUUGUGAUGCCCUUGAAGUAAAAUGGAGCCAGCAGGAGUACCUUCUGUAAAUGCAUGUGGCAAAGUGCUAUUUAUAGGGUGCCCAGGGAGCCCCUGAUGUACAAUAACCUUUAGGUUCCCCAUACUGGAAACUGACCAAGGCCUGUGCACAGAGAGCCCCUCAUGCUGGGCUCUGGACCAUGAGCAGAGUAGGAAGGAUAGCAGAGGCCAACCCUGACCUUUCUGGAAGUUAGUUCCUUAACUUGAAUGUUGAGCUUCGUCUAAAGCUUUCUCAUGUAUGUCUUCUCCAUGCCACUACUCUGAGGCCUCCUGUGUUAUGUGUGAACAGUUGUCUUUAUGUGGGAAUGGCGACUUGAUUGGGAGUAGUCUCGAGGUCAUUCCCCUCUUCCCUCGAGACUCUCUGAAUGCUGCUCCACUGUCUUUUGUCUUGGAGGUCACUCAGCAGGUUCCUUGCAUUUGCUGCCUGGAUGUGCAGCUGGCAACAGUGAUGAGUUGGCCACUGCUCUUUCUCCAUAACUAGGAUAGAUGUCCUGCCUUGGUGAUCACUAAAGGGGUGACCUUGGUUUUCAAGUUGUUCCUUGCUUUGUGAGCCCAUUAGCACUGUGGUUCAAGGGGCCCACCAAGUCUUGGACAGGAAGGCACUACUGGUUUUGUUGCCCAAGAUUUUGUUAUUGCUUUUCUUCUGUGUCCUUCUCUUUGUUCAUUGAAGCCAGUAUGUAAGAUACUGUUUUUGUCCCCAUUCCCCUACUCCUGGGCUAGGAGGAAAAAAUGUGAAUCUUACCAGCAGUUCCAGGCAACCAAAUGAUUGUUCUUCAUUCUUGAUGGGGAGAAGUACAUACAAAGUCUGUUCUGACCGGGCGCGGUGGCUCACGCCUGUAAUCCCAGCACUUUGGGAGGCAGAGGCGGGUGGAUCACCUGAGGUCAGGAGUUCGAGACCAGUCUGACCAACAUGGAGAUACCCCGUCUCUACUAAAAAUACAAAAAAAUUACCCAAGCGUGGUGGUACAUGCCUGUAAUCCCAGCUACUCCGUAGGCUGAGGCAGGAGAAUCACUUGAACCUGGGAGGCAGAGGUUGCAGUGAGCCAAGAUUGCGCCAUUGCACUCCAGCCUGGGCAACAAAAGCGAAACUCUAUCUCAAAAAAAAA